AUGCAAUUUACGAUCAAGUUGACCAGUACCUGUCGUGGAACCAACAAACCUAGUCAAAAUACAUCUGUCCCUACCAUAUUGAAUGAAACCAGAGGACCAGCUGUUAUUUCAUCAAAAGCAAGUCAGCCCAAUCGUAGUCCUCUUAUUAGUAUCACAGGCCAAGCUUUUGUUGGCGUUACUGUAGGUUCUAGUGCAGGAGGUAGUGGGACGUCUGCCGCAAGCUUACCUAGCACUCCAAUAUCAGCUCGUCUUGUCCCUUCAGUUCCACCUGUUUCUCCAAAUUUACUUGAUACGUCUGUUAGCCUUUCAUCUCCAAGAGCUGUUUCCAAGUUUGAAUCAUGCGAUGCUGCACAACAACUGGGUGCUUCAAAAGGCUUCAAAGGUCGUGCUAAAGUUCUUGAACUAGGUUCACGCUGCAUUCCUGGUUUAUCAAUCAAAUCCUCUCGUUACUCUGCUAAUGAAUUCGCAGUUACUAGGACUAGUGUGAAUUGUCUUCGUGGCCCUAGGGUUCAGUCUGUGGAAAACAAUGUCUCGCUGCCGUCGAAAAGUUUGCUUAAAUCGUCUAAUCUGAAUUCUGAGACUGUAUUAAUCAGUGUUGUUGAAGUUUGGUUGGCAGACCCAAAUCAAGCUAAAACAGUAAUGUCUAUGUGUGCUGGUAACCACUCACUGUUCAUGAGACGUCGUCAGCCGGAUAGCAUUGAGGUCCAGCAAAUGAGAGCACAAGCAAGAGAAGAGAGAGCCAGACGAGAGGUUGAAAGAGCACGACUGGCAAAAGCACGUGCAGAAAAAGCUGAGGCUUUAGAAGCUAAAUCAGUUUUAGAGGCUCGUUGUGCUCAACUUGAAGAGGCACUAAUACAUCAGCAAAAGCGCCAAAACCCUUACACCUUUGAUAACCAUAAUCGUUUGAUCGAUACCUAUGUAACCAAUUCGACCUCCAUUCAUACUUCUCAGUGUAUAUCCACUCAAUACAACUGUAAAGUUGCUUUCAGUCCCACGAGGAAAGAAAAUCAAAAAGACGUUAAAAUGGAUGGUAUGCAUAUAUCCCAAACGUUGAAUGACGAUGAUGAUGAUCAGAAAUCUAUUUCUAAUCCCACUGUAGAUAAUGAUAAAACUACUAGUGAUAUGAAUGGUGACCGAUGUGGCAACUACUUUGAUGACUAUAGUUUCUAUCCACCAGUAACCAAUUCGGAUGGAUACCCAGUACAUCAUGGAAAAUCUUGGGAUGAUGGCAUUCAGACAGAACAAAAUAAUUUGGUUUAUACUGAUCCUCUAUAUCCAAACAUCCCAGCAAAUUCCUUCUCUGUCUAUUCUAAGUAUACUGACCAUCGAUUUGCUCCGGGUUCAUUAUCUGUUCCUGUAACACCUCACGUUAAACGCACAGAAGCGAUCCUCGAUCGGGGUGCAGAUUAUUACCUGCAGUCAUCCAUGUGGCCGUUUGAGUCAACUAGCUGUCCAGUAGAUCUACAUAGCGAACAUUCUGUUUAUAAGACUCAGUCUAACAAAAAGGUGGUUUUGUAUCCAUCUUAUUUGGUUACCGAUCUUGGUCCAGUGUAUCCUGAUGGUACUUUCUGUGGCAUUCCCAUUAAAUCUUUAUUGUCUGGAAAUCAUUGUCUAACUGGUGAAAUACCAGUGGUAUGUGUCGGGGAUUCCAUUUCCAAAGAACCAGAAACCUCCUCUCCGUUUGUUUUUGUCCCUGGUAGUUUGCCUGCUCUUCACAAUGAUGAAGUUUUAAAUUCAAAAUCUCGUACCAGACCAAUAGAUGUCUCUCAUGGUAACCAUAAUCCGUGUUCUUGUGCAGUAAUGUCAACUGAACACCAACCUCCGACAGUCGGUCACAUACACUCUCCACCUCAAACAAUUAUUCGUGAGGUUCCUUAUACUGUACCAACGAAUGUUCUGAGACACCCACAGUACUAUACACCAAAUUGUCAUGUUCAGUUCGUCCCACACGAUCCCGUAGAUCGCAGCCAAUAUAUGUAUUCGAGUCCAUCUCUGGCUGCAAUACUUUCUCCUAUUGUUUCUCAACGUUUGCAUCGUCGAAUUUCCAAUCGUCCACAGCCUAGUCGUGGCUUACAGCGACAGCAAUCACAGCCGAAAAGCCCAAUAUCAUCUGAUUCAGUUCAUAUUCCCUUAAUAGAACGUUCGACAAGUUACAUGCAAAUACCUUACUCAGAAAACGACUGUGGAUUAGCGUCUACAGAGGAGUUUAAUUUGACGAACAAGCACUUUUUAUCCCAUCCUACUGAUCGUGGCUGUUCUUUUCAAUAUCCACCCUGUUCCACAAACGUUCAUUCGAAAUACUAUGACUUUCAGACAGGUCGCAGAUAUCCUAAUGAAGUUUAUCCGAAUCCACUAUUAUAUUAUCAAUUUCACUCUCCUACAACAAAUGAAUAUCUUCGCCGUGCUGCUAGUCUUGACGUUUCAUCUGGGAAUAAUGAUCUUUUGUGGAAUAUAGCACCUCAUGAAUUGUUAUCUCGAACAGGUGAACGUAAUGAAGAUGAGAAUGUCUAUCUAUUCGAAUCAAAUCCUCCUUAUUCUCAACGCAGUUUCUUAACAAAUCAGUUGCAGGAGGAAAGAGCUCACUUUGCAUUCCUUCAAACACAAUUUUCACGCCAGUUGUGUGAUACGUGGGGAUAUUUAAAAGCCGCUCGUGGUCAGCAAGCUGAUAAAUUAUGCGAUUUGGCAACCCACGCGAUUGGAAGUAAUAUUUACAAUAAUCCUUCGUCCUAUGGUUGUGAACUGCGAUGUGAUCCGGCUGGCGCUUCGGAUGGUGCAUCCACUGGUGGUGGCAACAUAUGCAGCAUGUGUGGUUCUAGUGCAUAUGAUGGGCACGAUCAUAUUCACGACACGAGUCCUGACCAUCAUUUCUACGAACCGUACUCACAAUUAAAUCAAGAUAUUUCAUCCCCUGAUGACUCAGGUGUUAAUAAUUUAAGGUUGAUGAUCAGUGGUGGAAGGUCCGAGAACAAAUUAGAAGGCAAUCAAGAAUUGCAGUCUAACGCGCAGUCACGAUAUGCCUAUAUGGACUUAUACAAACAGUCAACGAAAGCCUUCUGA